CGACCCCGCGCCAUAAAAGAACUGACACACGGAUCCGCUACCGCAGCUUGCUUCCCCCGCACAGCUCCUCCACCGCUCUCACAGCUCGCACAGCCUGCAAAGUAUGCGUCUGCACGCGCUCCGAGCCACCCGACUUGGCCCCGCGCUCCGGGGCCUCGCCAGCGCAUCGGCCGCCGGCCGGCGCCCCGGGCCCGAUCCAGGCCUCCUCGACCCAGCCUUUUGGCGCUGCUCGCACACCUGGCGGCGCGCGGGCGUCAACACGCUCCGCUGCCUCGUGGGCUGCAGCAUCGGGGACUUGGGGAGCAUGGCCUACCUCCUCGCCUACCACCCGCACAUGGCGAUGGGCGCGACAAUGGCGAUCUCCAUGUCCGCGGGCAUCGCGUCCUCUGUCCUCCUCGAAACCACUAUGCUGCGCUUCGGGCGCGACCGCCUGCCGUGGGUCGCGGCAGCGCGCACCGCCACGGGCAUGAGCCUUGUCUCGAUGCUCGCGAUGGAGGGGACCGAGAACGCAGUAACGCUCGCCCUAACGGACGCGGGGACGUCGCUCGCGUCCCCCGCGUUCUGGGGAAUCACGGCCCUCAGCAUGGCCGCCGGCUUCGUCGCCCCGCUUCCAUACAACUACAUCCGCCUCAAAAAGUGGGGCCGCGCCUGCCACUAAGCACUCUAUGCUACACCAUACCCAUGCCGAGCAUGAUCGCC